GGAGUCUACCCUCCAUUAUGCGGGCAUUAUGUUCAUUGCCAUAUGAUCUACACCAUCAUGCAGCCGAACCAUCCGUUUAGUAGUCCAUGGGUAAACCUUCAUCACAAGUACCCCAGCUAUCGUCAAGUUUAACCAGACUAUGAUAUUCAACUCUGUCUGAUAAUGAUGCACGGAAUUGAUAGACGGAGCUGUUAACCUAAAUUAUUUCCGGAGUUGACACGAAAUCAUAACAUACUUAUUGCAUUCAUUGAUUGUUCGGCUGGAAAGGAGCACUGGAAUAGCAGCCAAAAUGUUCAAAGCUGUGAAAUUGAAGGAAGUGUUGAGGUGCUGGCCGCAAGUCCGUCAAGUUCGCCUCGCAGAUCCAAGGCCAAGUCUGAGAAGUUUAUGUGAUGACGAACGCAGCAGUAGCAGACGACAGCUGAACGAGCCCCUCAGUGGAAUAACUUUCCCGCGUGUUGGAGGGAUUAGCACCAUGAUGAGAUUACCAUAUCAAACAGAUACUACAGGUUUAGAUGCCUGUUAUGUUGGAGUUCCGUUGGAUAUCGGGACAUCGUACAGGUCUGGAACCAGACUUGGUCCUCGACAGAUCCGCUACGAGUCAUUUGUUCUUGGUCCUUGCAACUACACAGGCGCAGCCCCGUUUGAGUCUCUCCAGGUCGCCGACAUCGGGGACGUCACUCUUAACCUGUACGACCUCAAGAAAUCUUGUGAGAUGAUACGAGAGCAGUAUGCCACCAUCAUUGCCAACGGAUGCAUUCCGUUGACUCUUGGAGGGGACCACACCCUGACAUAUCCCAUCCUUCAAGCAAUUAAGGAUAAGUAUGGUCCAGUAGGCCUAGUUCACAUCGAUGCCCACGAUGACGUCGCUGACUUGAUGUUUGGGGAGAAGAUUGCUCAUGGUACUCCCUUCCGUCGGGCAGCAGAAGAGGGGUGCUUAGAUCCGAAGAGGGUCAUUCAGAUUGGAUUAAGGGGGUCAAACUAUAGCCCCCCAAACAAGCUCUAUCAGUUUCAAGAAGAGAUGGGGUGGAAAGUUGUUCCCGCGCAUCGGUGCUGGCACAAAUCCAUGGAUCCAUUAAUGGAGAAAGUACGGUCUAUGAUGGGAGCUGGUCCAGUCUAUCUCUCAUUCGAUAUUGAUUCCAUAGAUCCAGGACUAGCACCAGGAACUGGUACUCCAGAAAUAGCUGGUCUGACAACGAUCCAGGCAUUGGAGAUCGUAAGAGGGUGCAAGGGCAUAAAUUUGGUUGGAGCAGACCUGGUAGAGGUAUCGCCUGCUUACGAUGCAGCCGGGACGACCGCCCUGAUUGGAGCCAAUCUUCUCUUUGAAAUGCUAUGUGUACUUCCCGGUGUUAAAUACUAUGACCACGAUGACAUCGAAGAGUUAAUAUAA